CUGCAGCAGCUUGGCUGGUUAUAAUCUGGAACUUGGGUCACACACGCUUUGAAGUUCGCGAUAUUCGCUCACACAUCCCUUAGAACUUGAACAGACGUUCAGUGACUUUACAUCAAGCCACAUGAGCUCAGAGUCUGAUGAGGAUGCGAUCGAUAUGAGCUCAGACUCUGCCUUUGCAUCAUCGUCUGCCGCUACUAGACACAUCAACAGGAGCUCUCGUAAUUACCGUGCACCCAAACAUGAGGAAGAAACCAACAUAUCCUCUCCUGAUGACUCCCUGAAACUAGUUGGCUACUCACCAAGGCCAAUGGUCUCCCUCAUCAUCGGCAUUGACAACUAUACACAUAUUCGCCAGUUGAAAGGCGCAGUCGCCGAUGCGCAUUCGAUGCACGACUACCUCGUCAACCGUCUAGGCGUUCCGCCCAACUCAAUCGACAUGCUCAUCAAUGGACAGGCGACCCGUGCAGCAAUCAUUCACUCCAUCAAAGACAUAUCGCGUCGUCUCGCGGCUCAAACAGGUCCGGCCCCAGCUGCUAAUGCGAUCUUGAUAUAUUUCGCUGGGCACGGGACGAUGGCUAAGGCACCUAAGAAUUGGAGAGGAGAACGGGAGGGUGCUCCUAUACCGAUGAUUUGUCCGAGCGAUGUCUUCGCUCCAGCAUCGGACUCUGAAGGACGCGUGGUGCAGCCGAUACCGGGAAACACAAUCGCUGGCCUUUUGAGGUCGUUAUCAAAGGAGGGAUAUAGAGGAAAUGAGUAUAUUACUGUCAUCCUCGAUUGCUGCCAUUCCAGCUCAGGUGUUCGUGGGGCUACGAGUACCGACGACACUAAUCCGGCACGCUCUAUACGUUCGGUCACCUACGAGCCAGCUGCAAUGCCUCUCCAUCUCGACAAGGAUAUAGCGAUGUCGAUCGAGAACAAAGCACCGUCAAUGUCGUCUUUCAUGCCCCCAGAAGCCGAUUCGCAUGUGCUCCUUGCAGCCUGUGGUGCGGGCGAGGCUGCGUGGGAAGUGCAGGGCAGAGGAUGGUUCACCGCUAACCUGCUCCGUGUGCUGGAGAGCGUCCGCGACCUGAGUCAUUUGACAUACUACGAACUCGUGGAACGUCUUCCUUCCACCCCAGGUCAACAUCCCCAGUUCGAAGGGCUCUGGUUAAACAGAUAUAUCUUUUCAGGUAUGGCCCGUGAACGAAUGUCCCCCAUUCGUCGUAACGGAAACGUCUGGAUCAUGGGCGCAGGGGAUGCCCACGGCAUUCUGCCUUCUUCCAAGAUCUACGUUUCCUCCGGGAAAGAUCCCAGCCUUUCCAAGACAGUCGAUAUCGACUUCGAGGUCAUCCGUAUCUCUGCAUUUCAAUCUGUGCUCAAGGAAAUUACGCCGGCGACGACCGCAGAAAACGCGAAGUACCCUCCAUUACUAUACGGCCGAACAGCAUUCGCAAACUGGGAGUGCCGUGUCUAUAUCGACAAAGAUGACGACACCUUGAGGCCUCUUUAUGAGGGUUUAUCGGCCUGGAAACAUCGUGCAGCGACAGGGCAGGACAAUGCUGUCCUUUUGUACACUUUGGUCGAAAGCUGGGACGAGCCGGAGAUCGUAGUUACCCACGAAGAGGACCAGAUAUGUUUCGACCUCGUCGUGUCCCAUCUUCCUCCGGGCCAUAUCCCGACGCAUCUCCCUUUUCGUCUCUGGGACCCGUACAUCUACCCCCUCAAAGACCUUUUUGAUCGCAAAGCGAACCUUGACUGGCAACUCCGACGAAGAGGCAAUUUGGCCGAUGUGGAAAAGUUAGUUCAGCUGGAGAUGUUUGAGCAGGAAGAAAGAUGGGAAGGGGAUAUAUGUCAACUUCGAUCUUGUGGGGGUGAUCUUGUCGUGGAUGGUCGGAUAAAACAGCUGAAGGGGAAUGCCCUCUAUGGGCUUAAGCUCACGAACAACACCGACCAUGAUCUUUAUGCAUCAUUGUUCUACUUCAAUCGCCGUGACUUCAGUAUCCGUCCGUAUUACCUCCCCGCUCGUGCCCACGACGACAAUACUCGAGCCCUCAAUUGUAAUGGAGGCACUUUAGUGCUCACACCCCAACUCCCGAAAGACCUCACGCAGAGCUCUGCGGAAAACCAAACACGUCCUGUCGGCGGAGAUGUAUACCAAGAAAUAGGUUGUCUCAAGGUCUUCUUGACGAGGGAGUGGGUUGACCUGUCGUACAUCGCGUGUAUACCCAUAUUCGAUCCGAAAGUCGGGUCUACUGGUGUGACGUUGCUCUUGCACGCUCUAAGUGCCAUGGAGGAUUGGUUGUAG